AGGAUGUUCUACUCCUUAAUUAGUGAACAUGUUUUUAAUUGUUAAUCAUAAAUCCUCUUGAUUAAUGUUCUUUAUUAUUUCGAUACUUAGUACACCUUAUACGACAUGGGUAGGCUGGCAAUCUUAACCCUGACCCUUUUGACCCACCCGCUUCAAAUCCAUACCCAUCCAUUCCAGUAAUGGAUUAUAUUGGAUCAAGUGACCCAUUAAGGUCAGUAAAAGAGGGUCAAUUGGGUCGAGAGAGAAGUUGGAACAAAGAUCUCUGGUUUCCGAUGUGCAGCUGGAACGUGUUCUAGUUAGUGUCUCUGAUGUGCAGAUGCAAGCCAGAGAAUCCAGCUAGAACAAAGAUCUUUCAACUCGCCAUGCCCUCGAAGCAAGUUUUUUCAUAGUUAGGGUUUCAAGCCACUAUACUCCACGUUAGGGUUUCAAGCCACUCGCCAUCGAAAAAUUUUCACAAUUUUCUCAACGCUCUGCUAGUUCCGCCAUUGAAGUAGGUUUUUCCUCUUAGCUUCAAUGCCACUGUUUCUCGCUGUGUCCCUGUUUCCAUCGCCGUCGUUUCUCAGAGUUCUCAAGUCGCGUGUACAUCAGAGCUUUGGAUAGAUCCCAUUGGUCGCUGGUAGUGACGAUCGGUGGAAAACGAUCAGCGAGAAGUUCAGUUGGCACAAAUCCCAUUCGGGAGAUAUGAGACGCCGUGGAAAUUACCCUAGGAGGACAUAUUACCAGAAGUCAAAACCCUUUGGUGGCAAUGGAGGAAGAAGAUACAAGGAAGGGGAAAAUCAAAUAGUGGAGUCCUUUGCAGAGAAAGCAAAAUCUUUGGAAUGGAUGAAAGAGGGAGAAGCCACAAUAAAAGUUGGAAGGAAAAACUUUUUUGUGGAAGUAAACAGGGAGGGAGAAGAAAAGAGGAAGAAGUUCCUGAAAGCAUGCCUGGUAGGCUUGGUGGAGACCUCUUACUUGGUUCCAAAAGUACAACAGUGGGUGGCGAGAAAAUGGAACGUAGCUUUUGGGGUAAGAGCGUCUCUGAGGCAGAGGUGCUCAGGGUAUGGAAAACAGGGGCGAGAAAUGUUGAAGGUUCUGUGAUGCAUUUAGUUCCAUAGGAGGUGUACUCUGAGGGGCAAGGAAAACCACUCAACGACCGUGAUGAAUAUUGGGUGAAAAUAUUUGGCCUUCCCUUACAGUUUUGGAGUGAAACAGUGGUUAGGCAAAUAGGGGAGUUAUGUGGAGGGUAUGUACAAAUGAACAACUCACAGGAGGCAAAGGAAGCAACAGAAUGGUUUAAAGCAAAGUGGAAGGGCUACCCUCCGGCAACAACAAACAUCUUAGAAGGAAGUGAGAUGGUGGUGGUAACCCUGUGGCUGGAGAUACUUCCAAAACGUUGCAGAAAGACGGAGGAUGCAAGGCAAGCAGUAUUAGUAGAGAAACGUCUGAUCCACUUGGCCCUGGCAGGUUCAGACAUUGAUUCGGAAGUAAGCCAAAAAAUGAAGGGGGAAAGCGGUGAUUGGAGAGGAAGGAAGAAGAGUGAUCAGUGCCGGAGAAGAGGGUGAGGUCAGGGAGACGGAGAGGGCAGUUGCGGGUGAGGUACAGGGGCAUGUGGCAAUAUCUGAAAUCACUGACACCGAAAGGGAAAGAGUGAGCAAAAAGAAAAGUCAAAUAGAAAAUCUGAGCUGUAGAAUGUCAGAGGGCAGGCAGACUGAAAUUAAUAUUAACAUUCAAAAUUUGAAUUUUGAAGAGCUGUGCGAGAGGUUAAUGGAGCGUUGUUGCGAAAAGAUGGAGCGAUCUGGACCGUAGAAGAGGGAGGAGUAGAUCAAGGCGAUGUAGGAGAAGACGCAAUGGAUCAUUAAUGUCACCACCAAAAGCUCUAAACACUAGUAUUUUAAACCUGAGGGUUUAGAGAAGGCCCAUCAUGUGGCUUCAAACGUGGAGGGCCAAAUACAAACUGGGGGAAAACCAACCAAUGGACUGGCUCGGUUGAACUAGUUUCAACCCAAGCUGGAACUCGAGAAAAGAUGACCGAUGAAUGAUCGCAUUUCAGGAGGGAGAUAACUUUGAACAACAAUGCGGAGAGUAGUAGUCGGGGAAAUACAGGGGAGGACUUGGGGGAGAAAGGGGAGGGCGAGAAAAAGAACACAUGAGCUCGGGAGGGACCAGGGUAGUGCCAAAGGAUGGAAUCAUCCAAAGGUGGAGCCCUAAUUACCAUGAACGAGAGUAGCGAAUCACCUGGGGAUGAAGAAGUUCAGCCGCUCGCAGUGAUUAUGGCAGGUAAGGAAACAACAUAUAGUGACCUGCAGCCACUGCACUCUUCUAUCAUGGAAAGAGAGGGAAGGCAACCCCAUCAAAAUCUCUAGUUGAGUUCUCUCAAAUCUCUUAAACAUUGGAGAUUUGCUGGGGGUGCCAAUGAAGGGGUUGGAAGGAGUGAGGAAAGAAUACUUGAUAGUAAUCGAAAGAAAAGUAUUAGAGAAGGGGAGAUGGGGUCGUAGAACAGAAAAAAGAACUUUUCAGACUGGCUUGGGGUUUAAAUGAGAAGGCCGGUAGUGCGAGUAGGGGCAAGAAGGUAUUGAAGGGGUGGUGAAGGGGUAAAGGGAUAGGGUCUGGUAAAUUGUAAAUAGCUUUUUUCAAAUUUUGGUGUACAGAUGGAGUUGCUGAAAGUGGUAUCUUGGAAUAUAAGGGGCCUAAAUUCAGGGCAUAGAAGGGUAGUUGCCAACACUUUUUUCGAAGAAACGGAAUCCGGGAAUUUUAUGUCUGCUGGAAACAAAGAUGGAGAAGAUGUGUCAAGCAGUGGUGGGAAGUAUAUGGUGUGGGGGGGGGGAGUGUAGCUGUGAUUGGGUAGCUUUACCAGCUCAAGGAACAUCUGGGGGGAUUCUGGUGGUCUGGGAUACAGAAUUAAUCUCAGUCAAAGAUAAGAUCAUUGGACAAUUUUUGGUAUCAUUUUUAUUCCACUCACAGGACAGCGAUUGGGAUUGGGUAUUGUCAGUGCUAUACGGGCCAAACGAAGAGGGUUUGAGAAAUUCUUUUUGGGAAGAGCUGGAUGAUACAAAAAGGAGAUGGGAUUGCCCCUGGGGUUGUAGGGGGGAUUUUAACACAAUCAGGUUCUCCUAUGAGAAGAAGGGUCGGAGAGAAAACAGGAGGGGAAUGAGGGGAUUUAGGGAGUUCAUGAGGAGAUGGGAACUAUUAGAUCUACCUUUACUAGGGGGGAAAUAUACAUGGACAAAUAACCAGAGUGAGGCAACCUUACUGAAGCUUGAUAGAUUUGUGGUGUCCCCCGAGUGGGAGGAAAAUUUCCCAAAUUUGUCCCUAGAAGCUCUACCCAGACCAAUAUCUGAUCAUGCACCAGUCAUGCUGAACUGUGGUGGUAUAAGGGGAGGGGAGGCCACCCUCCGUUCAGGUUUGAACAUGCUUGGUUUGAAGAACCAGGUUUUGUGGAGUUGAUAGCUGAAUGGUGGAAUAGUUUAUCCUUUGAAGGUUCGUCAAGCCACAUUUUCAGCAAAAAGCUGAAGGGGUUGAAACAAAAAAUAAAAGAUUGGGCACAAACUACCUUAAAGGGCCCAUUACUUGGUGUAAUGAUAAUAUCUUGGACUGGCAAGCGGAGAAUGCGGAUUCAAGUUUGAAAGUGGUCAUCAAAGGGUUUAUAUUACUGAACUGCCCUACAAAAUAAACUAAAUGUUGUAGCAACUCCUGCAAUUUUUGUAGCCAGUUGUUUUCAUAGAUGCUGAAGCUCCUUUCAUGGCACUCUCCAAUUCUUCAAACUCGAACCCAAAACUUAAACCUCUCCCAUCUAGCACCACCCUUGCUACUUCUCUGCAGCUCUUUGUGUAUAAAACACUCCUCGACAAUUUCUGAUGAUAUCUAUGACCCUCCUUUUUCCCACACUUCAAAACCCUCAAAAUCUAAGAGUCCCAUAAAAGCUUUAGCUUCUGAAAAAGAACAGAAUCUCCCAGUCCAUUCUGAUCUUCCAUUUGAUUUCAGAUACUCGUACUCUGAAACCAACCCGUCAAUCCAGCCUAUAGGGUUUCGAGAACCACCAAGGUUUUCUCCAUUUGGUCCUGGUCGUCUCGACCGGAAAUGGACUGGGACUUCCGCACCAGCAGAACAAUUUGCAGAUGCAUCAGAGGUCUUUAAAGAACAGAAUUCAGUGCUUGGUGAUCCACUCACCGAGGAAGAAAUUGAAGAGCUUGUUGAGCGAUAUCGACACAACGAUUGUUCCCGACAGAUUAAUAUAGGGAAGGGUGGAGUAACUCACAAUAUGUUGGAUGACAUACACAACCACUGGAAAAGAGCUGAAGCAGUCAGAAUCAAAUGCUUGGGAGUACCAACUCUUGACAUGGACAACAUUUGCUUCCACCUUGAGGUUGUUUGUGAUAAAACUGGAGGCAAAGUUAUCUAUCGGCAUAUAAAUAUCCUUCUCCUGUACCGUGGUCGAAACUAUGACCCCAAGAACAGGCCAGUUAUCCCUUUGAUGCUAUGGAAUCCAUAUCCCCCAAUCUACCCAAGAUUAGUUAAAAAUGUAGCAGAUGGCCUAACAUUUGAGGAAACCAAGGAGAUGAGAAACAGGGGAUUGAACUCUCCCCCUCUUAUGAAACUCACCAGGAAUGGUGUGUAUGUGAAUGUGGUGCAGAGAGUGAGAGAGGCAUUCAAGACUGAAGAAGUUGUGAGACUGGAAUGCACCUAUGUGGAUACUAGUGACUGUAAGAAGAUUGGUGUGAAGCUAAGAGAUUUGGUGCCUUGUGUCCCUAUAUUAUUUAAAGAUGGUCAGAUCAUACUUUGGAGGGGCAAGAAGAACGGGGAACAAGAUUCAACCAGUUAGCACCCCCAACAUUUCCAUGAAGGCUACACUAGGAUAUUUGGUGGGGUGCAUAAGAUGUACUUGUGGCGUGAAAAUGGACACAAUUGGAUUGUAUUACAGUUUGUAAUUUGAGUUGCCCUCAGCUAGCAAACGGCAGCCCGUUAGAAUCGGCAUGCAAUUUCAAUUACCAAGAGGCAAAUGGAGAAUUUGGACCUUGGUCUCCUAAGCGACAUAGGGAACAUUUGAUAUUACUUGGACUUUGGAUUUUAGACCAGCGUCUGCAGUGAUUUUGGUGUUGUGGAUCAUCAUCCAGCAUGUUGUCGUGACAAUACUAUUUCAAGUUACAUUGAUGGCAUUGUUUCCAUGGUGCUACUAAAAGUGAAUCUAGUUAAUUUGGAACUGAAAUUCUCUGUCUAUCAUGCCACAAGCAUGUUUUCCAAAAACGAGCAGCUUCUGAUGCAGAGAAAAAAGGGCUUCAAGUUUCUCAACACUCUUUUUUCAGGACCCGCAAUUGCAAUGCGGGUAAAAGGAGGAAAUAUUCAUUUUUUUUUUUUAUAUUUGAUAACUGCAAGGUUAGCAAGAUCAAACCCUUGAGCUAAAGAUUCUACCCUUCUCUGUUGCCUUUCACCAAUACUUGUGUGAACAGCCCCACAAGAAUCGCCUAGUUAUAAUAAACCAAAGAGUUUUCUCAGGUCAAUAAAACAACCAAUUAGGACAGCAGAAUGUAAUCUCUCCAUGAAAAGCGAUCAUGCUUCCCCCUUUUCCCUGAUAAGCCUCAUUUCUAUCAUAUUUGUGUUGCAUGGUCUUUUCCCAACACUUUAUUCUUGAGGGAUAUUAUCUCUGUGUGACAUUUUCUUUUCUCAAAUGACUUUUUCUUUUUUUGUUAUAUUGUUUGACAGAAAUGAUGGUUAUUAUUGACAUUGAAUAUCAUUUUUCGUGUUGCAGUAUUUAGGCAUGUAA